GGGUUUUGGGAAGUGGGCCGCACACCCCCUAACCAACUUUUCUGGGAGUACUCCUCCCAGGGUUGCAUUGCUCUACAAACAGAAAGCCAUUUUUGUUGAAAUUAGCGAUCGAUGACGUGUCGACGUUUGCUUAACGUCAUUAUUAAGUCAAAGGAAAGAGAAUAAAAAUGAGCACAAACAGAGCAUUGCACCUCAGAGGUCAUGGGUUAGUUCGAAUCCCAUUCAACUUCAAGCCUUUUUUUUUUUUUUCACGGUUUAUAUUCGUAACCGCCUAAUUCACUGACUUGCGUAUCGAACAAAUCUUUAUAACUGAAAAUACAAUGUUCUUUUCUUAUGGUGUUUCAUUAUUCCCUUUCUCAGUUACUUAUUAUUUUAAAACCGGGUAGGUCACGGAAAAAAUGUUGAGGGGCAUUCUUGUAACCCUGCAAUAUCAGGUUCCAGGGGCUGUACUCAAUGACGGAUAGGUGCGAAGACCUAUACUGGGUUUGCAAUUUGCGACCUGAGGACUUUUUCGGUAUAGGAACUUUACAGCGACUUUCUUUUGAGGAAAGAUUUUGGUACGGACUUUUUGGGGGAUUCUUUUUGCGGUCUACAGAUUUGGGCCCCUGAUUUGGUCUGAUUCCCACCUCCGACUACCGUCAUUGGUCAUUGGUGAUGCACCUGUCACACAAGAGAACUGGGUAUGGUUUAAAUAUGGCGGACUCGGGGAUGUACCGUCCGUUUGGAGUUAUCGCAGCAUUAUUAGCCACGACAAUGGCAGGAACGGUACUUCUCGAGUUAAAUCCACAAAGGAAGAUUAUACUAAUCAGGAUUCAAGUAUUCUUGCUGUUUUUCAUGGCUAUGUGCGCUUUGUCGCGGUUUGUUUGGAUAAAUCUGACAGUGUUGCUCCCCAGCCGGCGGUCCAACUCAAAAAUUUUACUCGUGGUUCAUUGGGUUUUGUACGCAGUUCUUGCGAUCGUUCUUGGUCUGGCCUUCUUCAGUGUUCUCAUCGGUCGACUGUUUGUCGGUUUCGAGCCAUAUUUCAUUAGCAGAGUGGCAUUUACAUGUCUAGGACUUCUUCUUCUGGUGUUCUUCAACCUGUGUGUCCUUAGCGUAGUUUUCGCAGUUUCAAGAGUUUGCAGCUUCUCAUUACCCAAUGCUGACAAGUGGAAGGCCAUCAUAGCUGUUACUGUAUCUCUGCUUUUGUGUAUACAAGGGUUAACUGCUGCAUCCCGAGGGCCAACAAUCGUGAGACUGACUGUUCCUCUUGCAAAACUACCACGAACUUUAGACGGCACGAGAAUAGUUCAACUUUCAGAUAUUCACUUGGGUCCUAUGAUAGGACAGGCUGCACUUGACAGAGUUGUGAACAUGGUUUCUGUGAUAAAACCAGACAUCAUUGUUAUUACAGGAGAUUUGGUUGAUUCAACUGUAGCAAACUUAAAACGAGCUGUUUUACCUCUGAAGAACCUGAGAUCAAAAUAUGGGUCAUUCUUUGUUACAGGGAAUCACGAGUAUCUCACUGGAGAUGCUGAUGCCUGGCUCCAAGAGCUAAAGCAACUUGGUAUUGAACCUCUCCACAACUCACAUGUACUUAUUUCAAGCAAAGAUAGUCCUGAAGACAAGAUCUAUCUUGCUGGGGUAGAUGAUAUACAGGCUGGCAGCAUGAACUAUGAAAACCAUGGAAUGAAGUUGUCACAAGCUCUUAGUGGAAGACAUAACAAGUUUCCAACAAUACUUCUUGCUCACCAACCAUGGGCUGCAUAUCAAGCACUGAAGGAACAUCAGGACAUAGACUUAAUAUUGUCUGGUCACACACAUGGAGGACAGUUCUUUCCCAUGCACAUACCAAUAUACUUUUACAAUCCAUUUUUUUCCGGUCUGUAUAAAGAGAAAGAAACAUUUGUUUAUGUUUCCUCUGGAACUUAUUUUUAUAGUGUGCCUUUGAGAAUUGGAUCCACAUCAGAAAUAACUGUUCUAACUCUAACUCGUGCAAAACAGUAAAUUUUCUUGAUAAUAUGCACAUAGUCCUUGACAACAAGUGCUUAAUAUAAUUCUCAAUAACCUGUCAAUUAGCAAGCAGAAUCUAACCAUCUUUUCAAGAAGAAAAGGAGAGGAUAUACUGGUUGUUGAUGAUUUUCUUGAUAUUUUGGGGGCAACAGAAGUCAGGGUCCACUUGUUUUAUAUAUCCAUAUUUCUCAUUAUUUCUUCAGUUGGAGGUGAGAAAAGCCAGGAAGACCAUAAAUCUCGAAUUAGUGCCUCCCCUAUCGAUAGUGCCCCUCCUAUUGGCCAAAAUUUAAAAUAAGCGCCUCCCCUCGAAUAAGCGCCCCCCACCUCUUCCCCUGUUUAUGGAAGAGUACUGAGACAACAAAGGAUGUAUAGUUUUGGUUGUGUUCAAUCCCAAGCAAGUAAUUAUCGACUCAUUCAAGCACUGCACAUUGACCAUUGCAACGGAUGGUAGUGAGGAUCUGCUGAUUCAUUGCCCAAAGACCAACCAACCUUGUGCAGCAGGCCCAGACUGGGUGAUGGGGUUCUGUUACUUAGUUCUUCAAGAGAGACAGGAUCCCUCUUGAUCUGAGACUUCGGACAGACUGACACAUACUGGUACAUGUAUUACAAAAACCCAAUCAUAUCUGACCACGAUUUAGGAAAAAUUAAAUAAACGCUCCCGUCUUCUGCUAAAUUUGAAAUAAGUGCCCCAGGUGCUAAUUAGAGGAUUUACAGACUGUAUCAGUAUAUGAUACUGGUUUUUGACCGAUAGUUUUAAGUUUGGGUUUUUAUGUUUUGUGAUUACCUGAUUAUAAAAUGUAAAUUUUAAAACUGCAAAAGUCGUCAUUCAGUGUA